AUGGGAGAAAAUCAAGAAAACAUGGAAGGUAAUGAUAUGCCAAAGGACAUGCGUGAUAGUCUCACUACGAUAUUCAAGGAAUCAAUACAGGAAACAGAUGAUCUGAACGAAAUAGCUCAAAAAAUCAAACAAAGUUUUGAUAACAAAUAUUUCGAAGGAUGGAAUUGCAUUGUCGGAAGACAAUUCGGAUCUAGUGUAACAGCAAUCGAAAAAACGCAUUUCUUUGAAAGAAUUGGACCACUUUACAUCGAAGUUUGGCAAUGCAAGUAA